AGUCACCAUGAGGGCGCUGCUCCUGCUCUGCUGCUUCCUGGCCUCGCUCCUGCUCUCAGGACAAGCAGGCAAGCAUUGGAACUUGAGCAGUCAGCCUUCAGACUUUGUAUCCGCUGUGUGACAUCCCUUUGGAUGGCUCCCUUCCCUCCCCAACACUGGCACCUGCCUAUCUUCCCUUCUCGCAAGAUGUGCAGAUGAGAACAGUUGAGAGCCAGUGGCUCAACAGCUUGCACUGUUGCUCUCCCAGAUAUUGUUUUAGAGGAUGCAGAAGACCUUAGCUCCAGGAGCACAUCUCGAAGGUGGACUUGCCCAUUGCUUUGGUGAGCAAGGCCUUACCCAGUCCCUGCAUCACAGCACAGAGGCAAUAAUAGAACUGCAAGUCCCUGCUUCGGGUGGCACAGAAGAUGUUGGCAAUUUGUUGGAGAAUCAUUUCUCUGCUGGAGACGCAAGUCUAGAGGAGAAAGAAAGGGCGCUUAAUGCAGAUGCGGCCCCUGGAGACAAGAAUCUGCUCCUUCACUACCCAGACGGCAGGGAGGCUGAGAGCUCGGAGCAGACCACCACCGGGGCCCCUCCUGCUGCCACUGGCCUGGGUUCCGAGCCAGAAGCCAGCCUCUCCAAUGUCUCAGCCUCAGAGUCAGCUCCACCUGGGGAUGCUAUGGGGACUGGGGAGGAAGAGGAGGGUCCCCCAGUGGCAGGCACCCUUCCUCCAGGAGCGGAUGAGGGUCCUAUGGAAGAGGAGAGGCCAGAACCCAAUUUGGGAGCGGGACCAGGAGAGGAAGAGGCUGGGCUGGGGCACCUCGCUUCAGGAACGUCCAAUGGGGAAGCAGGAGGACAGGAGGAAAGUGACAAGGAAGCUAGGGGAGUUCUAGGAGACAGCUCCAUACAGGAAGCAGGAGCAGGGGUGACAGAACCUGAAGCCUUGGGGGCCUCUCCUAGCAUACAGGAUGAAGAGGUCCACACCCCAGAGGCAGAAGCUGAGGGUAGCCCAGGGCCUGAUCACCAGCUGGUAGAGCCAAACAGAGCCCCCAUUACCACAUCUGUUGGAGAAGAGUCAGAGAAUGACAAGGACACAGAAGCUGGGGAGGUGGCUGAGGACCAGCCACAGACCCAGGCCCAUGCCCUGGAGGCAGAAGGAGAGGACAGCCCAGGGCCUGAUCACCCACCAGCAGAGCUAGAUGGAACCCCUGUUGCCACAUCUGUGGGGAUAGAGUUGGAGGCUGAAAAGGACACAGAAGCUGGGGAGGGGUCCAAGAACCUGGGGAAACCCAGCCUCAGCCAAGAGGCUGGCCCAGCCACAGAGGCCAGUGAAGAAUCUGGGGGUGCCCAGAGCUCCAGCACCAGAGAGACCCAGGAGGACCAUCCCACUGAGGGCCAGGCACCAGGGAUGCCUGAGGAGGACCCAGAUGAGGCCUCCUCUGAAGAAGAGGGUGGUGAAGAAGGUGGAAGUGAGGAGGAAGAAGGAGUUCCAUCCACAGAAGAGUCUGGAGAAGACAGUGGCGAUGGGGCUAGCUCUGAAGAGGAGGGGGGCACCUCCAAGGAACCUGGGGAGCCCCAGGAAGAAGCGGGAGACACAAGCUCUGGGCAAGAAGGGGCCCAGCUUGGCACCAAGGAAUUAAAUACAGGGUCCGAGGGUGGCAAGGCCCAGGACACUGAGGCAGAUGAGCCUGAAGAGGGACACCAAGGGAGGGGGAAUCCUGUAAUUGCUCCUCAGGAAGAAACGGAGGAUGUGAGUGAAGAAGCCCCAAUGAGGGACCGCUCCCACAUCGAGGACACCCUGAUGCUGAAUGAGGACAAGCCAGCUGACGAUUACUCAGCGGUGCUGCAGCGGCUUCGAAAGAUCUACCAUUCGUCCAUCAAGCCCCUCGAGCAGUCUUACAAAUACAACGAGCUUCGGCAGCAUGAAAUCACAGAUGGGGAGAUCACAUCCAAGCCAAUGGUGCUGUUCCUGGGACCAUGGAGCGUUGGUAAAUCCACCAUGAUAAACUACCUCCUUGGGUUAGAAAACACUCGCUACCAGCUCUAUACAGGUGCUGAGCCCACCACAUCUGAGUUCACGGUACUGAUGCACGGGCCCAAGCUGAAAACCAUUGAGGGCAUUGUCAUGGCCGCCGACAGUUCCCGGUCCUUCUCACCCCUUGAAAAAUUUGGCCAGAAUUUUCUGGAGAAGCUGAUUGGUAUUGAGGUUCCUCACAAACUUCUGGAGCGGGUCACUUUUGUGGAUACACCAGGCAUCAUUGAGAACCGCAAGCAGCAAGAAAGAGGCUACCCCUUCAACGACGUGUGCCAGUGGUUCAUCGACAGAGCCGACCUCAUCUUUGUUGUUUUUGACCCCACGAAGUUGGAUGUGGGUCUGGAGCUGGAGAUGCUCUUUCGCCAGCUGAAGGGACGUGAGUCCCAGAUAAGGAUCAUCCUGAACAAGGCUGACAACCUGGCCACACAGAUGCUUAUGCGAGUGUAUGGGGCCCUCUUCUGGAGCUUGGCCCCUCUCAUCAAUGUCACAGAGCCUCCCAGGGUUUAUGUCAGCUCCUUCUGGCCACAAGACUAUAAGCCCGACACCCACCGGGAACUGUUCCUCAAAGAAGAGAUCUCCCUUCUGGAAGACCUGAACCAGGUGAUUGAGAACAGGUUGGAGAACAAGAUUGCUUUCAUCCGCCAACAUGCUAUUCGGGUUCGCAUUCACGCCCUCUUGGUUGACCGCUAUCUGCAGACUUACAAGGACAAAAUGACCUUUUUCAGUGAUGGAGAACUGGUCUUUAAGGACAUUGUGGAAGAUCCUGAUAAAUUCUACAUUUUCAAGACCAUCCUGGCAAAGACCAAUGUCAGCAAGUUUGACCUUCCCAACCGUGAGGCCUACAAGGACUUCUUUGGCAUCAACCCCAUUUCCAAUUUCAAACUCCUCUCUCAGCAGUGCUCCUACAUGGGAGGUUGCUUUCUGGAGAAGAUAGAGCGGGCCAUCACCCAGGAGCUUCCCAGCCUCCUGGGUAGCCUUGGGCUGGGGAAGAAUCCAGGUGCUCUCAACUGUGACAAAACAGGGUGUGGUGAAACCCCAAAGAAUCGCUACAAGAAGCACUAGGUAGUAUGUAGCUGUUCUCGGGUCCCUGUUGGUGAAUGAGCUUGUGUCCUGUCUGAGAAAUCCUGGUUUAUUAACCCUUUGAGCCACAUUGGUGAGAAUCAGUACACAUUGGAGAUUUGGGAGUUUUGUUGAGGCCUGUGGUGGGUGAAGGUGUAUGGGUCUAGGGAGGAGAGUGGAAACUGUGAAUUAUAGUGUGCUUGUCUCGUUGCUUCGGUUAGGAGGCCUGAUUGAGGCAAGUCAGGCUCUACUUGCUUUUCCUGGGUUCUGUCUUGGAGGGACAGAGAGCAGCUAAAUUCUAGUGUACACUAAAUGAGGGUCAAAUAAGCUAAAUGCAGCUGGAACUCCUUUUCCCCCUGUAAGUUGGCAGAUAGUGAAGCCUGAGGGCUCUCAGGUCCAUGUUGGCUCCUUCCACACAGUCUUCUGUUUGUUCCCCAACCCUCCUUGACUCCCUCCAAGCUUGGGCUGACUUUCAAUGGCAGAUAGCCUCUUGGAUCUAAAUUUACCUGGGUUUUGAGCCUGUCCCUGGGAACUUCACUGUUUCCCCAGAGCACUAAGAGAGCAAGAGUGCCCAGGUCAGGAUGAGGAUCUGCCUCCCAGAUGCCAUUUCUGUGAUGUCCCAGCUGGGGAGCUCAGACCCUUCAUUGGCCCCAAGAGGUGGUGAGUGAGUGGUAAACUCAGGCUGUUCCCUCUUGGAAGUGACUCAGAGGGUUAAUUGGUUUGCAGUGUGUCUUUGUCUAUUGCAUGUCUUGGAAAACUCAGAUCCCAAAGGUGUUGGGUUUCAGAGUGGACAAUGGAGACUUUGUUCCUUGUCCUUAGGGACUUUGCUGGGCAGUCAGCCUCUCCUAAAUUUAGGAGGAGGCUGUUUCCACAUUUUCACGGUGGGAGCACUUGGCAGAGAAGUUGUUCCUUCCAGUUCUCAUUACCAUGGCUUUUCCUGUCUUUUCUUCUCCAUUCCCUGAUGCACCAACACUUAAACCAGAGAAAUUUCCUAGGAAAUUUCCAGCGCCAGCCAUUUGGCAUCAGUGCAACUGAAGCUUAGGAUUUAGCGUCCACCUGUCCUUGGUGUGGAUAGCUGUGGAAUGUACCACAGGACAUCCAGGGCUUUCAAACACCAGUGAGUGUGAAUUUGUGUGUACAUCAUCCAAGAGAGAUCAGGGAGAUGACAAACCUGAGGCCAUAGAGAAAGAAUACAAUUGUGAGAGUCCUGCAUGGCCGGCAAGUAUGUCCUUCAGAGGAGCACAGGAGUGGGGAGACCCAGUGGGUGAGUGCCCUUUGGUGGGAGUAUGUACUGUGGGACAUGUGCAUCUAGGGAACAGCCCAGGCCUGCCUUAAAGGGCUUCUUUUGAGGAUCACAGCUGGCCAGUCCCCUUGGGAGCAAGCUGUCCUAGGCUCCUUAAUCAAGAGACUUGGGUCAGGAUCCACCAGCACUAGGUAUUCAUCUAGAUCAGAAGGAAAGUUUGAGAAAAAGGUCAAUCAGGCAGUGUAAGCAGAACCCCAAUUUGAGUUGGCUUUGUUCAGAGUUCUUCAGUCCCAUGCCUGCUAAGAGAGGCUGCUGCUAUGGACUUUGUGGAGGACCGAGGUCCUCCCAUGGAGAGCCAGAGGCUCCAAAGCCACCAGGACACUGUUGCAAGGAGCAAGCCAACUGGAAAAGAAAAGUGAGUUCUGUAAGGGGUGUCUAUGGAGCCUGGUAGCUGGGGCAGGUGAACAACAAUCUGUCCUGGGCUUUUCUUUCCCCGAAACGAACAACUCCAACCCCUCGGCCUCACUUCUGUAUCACUUGCCUUCUUGGGAGACUAUUCCUCCUGCCUGUCUAUUUCACGCUGCUCAUCCCUGUGGGUUGCUUUUGGUGUAUCUGUUUUUUCUCAAUGCAGUCAGGGAAAUAAAGAAUGUAGGACUAUAUGGGUCUUGUUAUAGCUGUAAUGUCACCAUCGUUUUGGGGGAGGUGGGGGGAUGAGGCUAAUCAGUUCAUGCAAUAUUAGUUUUGGGGGAGAUACUAUACUAUCAGUGUGCCCUCCCAUUUUUGGAUUUUUCUUUUCUCCAUCUACUUUCCUUUUCUUCUUUCUUCUUUCUCUCCAUUCUGUUCCUCUCCUCGCUGUCUGCCUUACCUUUCCUUGACUGCCCACAGGCCUGUUGAUCAAUCAACGUAGGUUCUAAGUACCUGUUUUUGCCCAGCUCUGUGGAGGAUUCUGACUUUUAAGGACGAUGGGGCUGGGAACUGGGGAAACUUAGGACCCAGAGAUUCCCCAAGAGGGGUCCCUGUGAGUAUUUGUGCUGGAACAUGGGCUGACCCUUUCCAGUGACCUUUAGAUUCUGAUUUCACCAGGGAAAAUGUCUCAAUAAAGUUCUGAUAUCUUUAA